UGCUUUGCUUGUUCACUGACAGAUGUGAGAGCAGAGGGCCGUGUUCAGACGGAACGCCAAGCGUCCGGCAUGCCAGGAAGCGGCGGGAAAAGGCCAUUGGCGAAGGCCGUGUGGUGUAUGUUCGAAAUCUCUCCAGUGACAUGAGCUCCCGAGAGCUGAAGCGACGCUUCGAAGUGUUUGGUGAGAUUGUGGAGUGCCAGGUGCUGACGAGAAGCAGGAGAGGCGAGAAGUAUGGCUUCAUCACCUACCGGUGUUCGGAGCACGCUGCCCUGUCUCUGAGGAAUGGCGCUGCCCUGCGGAAACGCAACGAACCCUCCUUCCAGCUGAGCUAUGGAGGACUCCAGCACCUCUGCUGGCCCAGACACACUGACUAUGAUUCCAAUUCAGAAGAGGCCCUUCCUGCGUCAGUGAAAAACAAGUACGAAGCCAUGGAUUUUGACAGCUUACUGAAGGAGGCCCAGCAGAGCCUGCAUUGAUAACAGCCUUAACCUUCGAGGAAUACCUCAAUACCUCAGACAAGGCCCUUCCAAUAUGUUUACGUUUUCAAAGAAAUUAAGUAUACGAGAAGGCGAGAGCGCGAGCGCGUGAGAGAACACACGUGAGAGAGAGAGAGAGAGAGAGAGAGACUUGAAACUGCUGUCCUUUUAAAAAAAAUAAUCAGUUUACAUUGAACAAAGCUGCUUCUGUCUGUGAGUUUCCAUGGUGUUGAUGCCCCCGUAGCGUCCUCGCUUCCAGCGGGCGGCCCUGGGCGCGCCUCCCGGUGCUGGGCCAGCCCCCGUCCCCUCGCUCCCUGACCGGCUCCCCUCGUAGACGUGCAGCCGUGUGCACCAUAACAGUUCUCGUCCGUAGUAUGUGAUGAUGAAAUUGUUACUCGUGAAUAGAAUCAGGAUUAUACACUCGUUUUUAAUUGAAGAAAAAAAAAGUAUAUCCUUCAAAUAACGUAUUUAUGGCUCAGACGUACUGUGCCUGGGAUUAUUGUAUCGCUUCCUUGAUUUUUUAACUAUGCACCGUCGUGAGGUGUUUGCCUCUGAGCUGCCGUGCUCCCUGGGCCAGGUCGCCCUAGAGGUGCUGGGUGGCUGGCGGGUUGGUCCCCAGGGGAGCGCGGGCUGCAGCCACAAGUCGGAGCAGUGGAGAAAGGCUUCUGGGACUCGCCUGCCAAGCUCUGCCCUGUCUCUCACUGAGCACGUAUGGGUCCAGUUCCAGUUGGAACCCUCAUCUGGUGCCAGCCGGUGCUCGGAGCUUGGGCCUGGCCUGGAGUGCUCGGAUCCUGGCAGAGCCUGUAAGGAAGGUGGGGCGAGCCACCUGAUUCUUGCUUUCCCAGGCGAGGUGGGCAGUGCCCCAAGAGGGGAUGUGACUUGCCCAAGGUCCCAUGGCCAGUGACGGGGCGGAGCGGUGACUCAGCCCAGGCCUCCUGAUUCCUGGUCCCAUGCUCUUGCAAUAGCUGGGGUAAAGAUGCGCAGUUCCAGGGGCCGGUAGAGGUGAGGCCAGCUACGUUGGGCCACAGGCUAGAGGCCUCUGGGCUUACUUGGAGGGUUAAGUCGAAAGCUGGCUCGCCAGCAUUAGGCAAGUUUAGGCUUGGGCAUGCGUCUUGAUCCAGAGGGUUCUGUGGUUUGCCUGUACAUGUGGACAUGCCAUCAGAACCUCAGUGACAUACCUGGAGUGGCACAGGCAGGUGAUCUGGGAGCAGUCAUCCUUCCAGGGCCAGCCACCGACCCAUUCUCCUCCUACCAGCUUGUCUUG